CAUCAAGAAAAAUAUACUACUUCUUUAGUUUGAAUAAAAAACUUACUAACUUCACUUAAAAAUGGACUCUAAAACUGUUGGUAUCUUGGGAGGUGGCCAGCUUGGCCGUAUGAUUGUUGAAUCUGCUCACAGACUUAAUAUUAAGACCAUCAUCUUGGAUGCAGAAAAGUCUCCAGCUAAGCAAAUUAACGCUUUAGAUGAACAUGUCAACGGUUCUUUCACCGAUCCAGUUGCCAUUGCUGAGUUAGCCAAGAAGUGUGAUGUUCUUACUGUGGAGAUCGAACACGUUGAUGCCGAUGCCUUACAAGAAAUCCAAGAUAAGACUGGAAUUGAAAUCUAUCCUCUUCCCCAGACAAUUAAAUUAAUUCAAGAUAAAUAUUUACAAAAGGAACAUUUGAUUAAACACGGUGUUGAAGUCACUGAAUCUGUUGCUGUGUUGGAAAACACUGAAAAGGCCUUACUUGAAGUUGGUGAAAAAUACGGUUACCCAUACAUGUUGAAGUCUAGAACCUUAGCUUAUGAUGGUAGAGGUAAUUUUGUCGUCAGGACUGCUGACCAUGUUAAGGAAGCCUUACAAGUAUUACAUGACCGUCCAUUAUACGCUGAAAAAUGGUGUCCAUUCACCAAGGAGUUGGCUGUCAUGGUGGUUAGAUCUAUUGAAGGCGAAGUCUUUGCCUACCCCACGGUUGAAACUAUUCACACCAAUAACAUUUGUCAUUUGGUUUAUGCUCCGGCUAGAGUCGCUGACACUAUUUCCGAAAGGGCAUCUAUUUUAGCAAAGAAUGCUGUGAAAUCCUUCCCUGGUUGUGGUAUUUUCGGGGUUGAAAUGUUCCUUUUACCAAACAAUGAGCUUUUAAUAAAUGAAAUCGCUCCAAGACCUCACAACUCUGGUCAUUAUACCAUCGAUGCAUGCGUAACCUCACAAUUCGAGGCUCAUAUUAGAGCCGUUGUUGGUUUACCAAUGCCAAAGAACUUUACUUCUUUAACCACUACUUCUACAAAUGCCAUUAUGUAUAACAUUUUAGGUGCUGAAAAGCCUAAUGGAGAAUUAGAAGAUUGUAAAAGAGCCUUAGAAACUCCACACGCUAGUGUUUACCUUUAUGGUAAAUCUACCAGACAUAACCGUAAAAUGGGACAUGUUAACAUCGUGUCUUCCAGUAUGGAUGAUUGUGAACGUCGUUUACGUUAUAUUUUGGGUCAAACUGAUGAAUCCAUUCCAUCUUCUGAACAAUCCUCAGGAAAGGAAUUGGCUGGUACUUCACAGAAACCUUUAGUUGGAAUAAUUAUGGGAUCUGAUUCUGAUUUACCAGUUAUGUCAGUUGGUGCCAAUAUUUUAAAGAAAUUUGGUGUACCAUUUGAGGUCACUAUUGUUUCUGCUCAUCGUACUCCACAUAGAAUGUCCAAAUAUGCCAUUGAAGCUCCAAAGAGAGGUUUGAAAUGUAUUAUUGCUGGGGCUGGUGGUGCUGCACACUUGCCAGGUAUGGUUGCAGCAAUGACUCCUUUACCAGUCAUUGGUGUUCCAGUAAGAGGCUCUACCUUGGAUGGGGUUGACUCCUUACAUUCCAUUGUUCAAAUGCCUAGAGGUAUCCCUGUUGCCACUGUGGCAAUCAACAACAGUACCAAUGCAGCCUUGCUUGCAGUUCGUAUUUUAGGUGCUUAUGAUCCAAAAUGGUUCUCUGAAAUGAGCACCUACAUGCAGAACAUGGAACAAGAAGUUUUGGAUAAGGCUGAAAGAUUAGAAUCAGUCGGUUAUGAAGCUUACUAGUUCAUUAAACUCACAUAAAAAUAUAUAUAUAUAAAUAAAUACUACAAUGAAUAUUUCUAAUCAAUCAAUUCUUUUUGAUUUUGAUAAACGAUUAUAUAGGGACAAAUGAAUUGAGUCCAUUUAUAAAAAACCAUACUCAGAUCGGGAUAGAUCUACGAACUAAAGGUAUGCAACUAAUAUACAAGGGGGAGAAUACUUGGGUCUAAAAUUGACAAUGCAAAAAUUCUAUCAAGGGGUUUGUUUUCUUUCU